GCACCUUCGCUACGCCCCCCGAUCCCCCCACCAUGGACCGUCUCUCGUCCCUCAGCCGCUUCAAAGGCAUGUGCCCCUACCUGGGCCGCACAAAGCAGUCCACCCUCCGCUCCCUGUGCACCGCGACGUCGCCAAAGUACCCUACGCUUAACAAGCUCACCGAGAAGGCGACCCAGUGCCCGGUGCUCGGCCCCGUCCUCUCCGUGCGCUCCAAGCAAGUCGUAGCAGGCUACGCCUCCCUUGCCGGCACCGCUGAUGUCAAGAAAAUACACGAACAGAAGGGAGUUCAUCUCCCCGACAACGCUGCCAGCGCCGACAUUAGUAUGUGCCCGCACGCGUCCGCCGCCGCUAGGGCUGCGCGCAUGGCGGAGGACCUCGCUGCUGCCAAACGCAAGGCCGCUGCGAAGGCUGCCCAUGCUGGUCAGGCCAAGGGUGACGCUACCGCAGCGGCUGCGGCUGCUGCUGGCUGCCCCUUCCAUGCUGCUGCCGCCGAGGCCAGCAAGGCACCCAAGAAACAGGCCAAGCCUGGCCUCUUCGAUUACGAGAAGUUCUACAACGAGGAGAUUGAGAAGAAGCAUAAAGACGCUUCUUACCGCUACUUCAACAAUAUCAAUCGCCUUGCUAAGAAGUUCCCCAUCGCUCAUACCAGCGACCCGAAGGACGAAGUCGAAGUAUGGUGCGCCAAUGACUAUCUAGGCAUGGGGAACAACCCCGUGGUUAUAGAGACUAUGCAUCGCACCCUCGACAAGUACGGCCAUGGUGCUGGAGGCACUCGUAACAUAGCAGGAAACGGUGCCUGGCAUCUCGGUUUGGAAGCUGAGCUAGCAGCCUUGCACCGCAAACCCGCCGCCUUGGUCUUCUCUUCCUGCUACGUCGCCAAUGACGCUACACUGGCGACCCUCGGUUCCAAACUUCCCAACUGCGUAUUCUUCUCGGACUCCAUGAACCACGCGUCCAUGAUCCAGGGCAUCCGUCACUCCGGCGCCAGGAAAGUUAUCUUCAAGCACAACGACCUGCAGGACUUGGAGGCGAAGCUCGCUUCGUUCCCCAAAGACACGCCCAAGAUCAUCGCGUUCGAGAGUGUGUACUCGAUGUGCGGGUCCGUCGGGCCCAUUAAGGAGAUCUGCGACCUGGCCGACAAGUAUGGCGCAUUGACGUUCUUGGAUGAGGUUCAUGCCGUCGGUUUGUACGGACCCCGCGGCGCCGGUGUUGCUGAGCACCUCGACUUCCAGGCGCAUCUCGCUGCCGGCCAGUCCCCCGCUCCCAUCCCUGGCACCGUCAUGGACCGCAUCGACAUUAUCACCGGCACUCUGGGCAAGGCGUACGGCGCCGUCGGCGGGUACAUCGCCGGCUCAACCGAGUUCGUCGACAUGAUCCGCUCGUACGCGCCCGGUUUCAUCUUCACGACCUCGCUUCCCCCCGUUACCGUCGCCGGCGCGCACGCGAGUGUGCGGUACCAGAUGGAGUGGAUGGGCGACCGGAAGCUUCUUGGUUUGAACGUCCGCGCGUUGAAGAAGCGCUUCGCGGAGAGGGAUAUCCCCGUUGUACCUGGUCCCAGUCACAUCACACCCGUCCUCGUCGGUGACGCUGCGCUUGCGAAGGACGCGUCGGACUACCUCCUCGCGAAACAUGAUAUUUACGUGCAGGCCAUCAACUACCCGACGGUGGCUCGCGGCGAGGAGCGUCUCCGCGUCACGAUCACGCCGAGACACACGCAGGAGCAAAUGGAGAAGCUCGUCGACGCUGUUGAUGAUACUUUCAACACGCUCGGGAUCAAACGCUUGCAAGACUGGAAGGCUCUCGGCGGGCGCGCCGGCGUCGGCCUGCCGGACGACCAGGUCAAGCCCAUCAAGGACAUCUGGAACGACGAGCAACUCGGCCUGUUGGACGGGAGCGCGCCAAAGCAGCUCAGGGCCGGCGAAAAGCACUACGUCGACCAGCGCGCGGUCAUGGUUACCCGUAGCCGAUUCGAGAAGCUCCUGGGCAAGGUGGAGGAGGCGCCGAAGUUGAGGGCUGGUGCCCCGCUGGGCCUGGUGGACGCCCGGGCGACGGCUGCUGCUGCGACAGUCGUCGCCGCUGCGGCGUGAUACUAACAGGCUUGACUGCGAGCGUAUAUUUUUGGUUCUUUCGCUCUUGCCGUUUCCUUCGUAUGUCGUCGUCGAAAUUCUUGCAAUAUCUCGUGUUCCUAGUGGUUUUCGCAAAACUUCAGGGCAUUGUAGGCUAUUGGCAACUGAAUGUUAUUGGAGAUGUUGUUCGAGUACGUGUUGCUUGUGUACUGUCAAAUACAAAUUGGGAAGAGGUUGGCAGUG